AGCAAUGACGCGUAGAAUAUUAAGAAUUACUUGUUCGAAGUAGGUGGAAGUUAUCGAUGGGACUUCGGUAGCCUUCAUCUCUAUAAAGUUGUCAUUGCGAUUUUGUUCGACGUUAUGACUAGUUGCCGACAACUUUAACGAACACGCCCUCUAGGAAAUAAUUAAAUUGACAUUGCUAACUAACUAAGUGGUAGAGGAGAAGCACAUUCACCACGACGAUGAUAGCCUCUCAUCUUCUGGCUUACUACUUCACGGAGCUCCACCAUGACAAAGUUCAACAAGUGGAUAAAUACCUGUACCACCUGCGGUUAUCGGACGAGAACCUGAUGGACGUAUCGGUGAGAUUCCGACGGGAGAUGGACAAGGGUCUGGGCCGUGACUCCAACCCCACGGCCGCUGUCAAGAUGCUGCCCACGUUUGUGCGCUCCACCCCUGAUGGGACAGAAAAGGGAGACUUCCUGGCUCUAGAUCUGGGUGGGACCAACUUCCGGGUCCUGCUGGUGAAGGUGUCUGACAACGGGAAGCAGAAGGUGGAGAUGGAGAACCAGAUCUAUGCCAUUCCUGAGGAGCUGAUGAGGGGCAGCGGCUCAGAGUUGUUCGACCACAUUGCUGAGUGUCUAGCUAACUUCCUGGAAAAGCUGGGGAUAAAGAAUCAGAAGCUUCCUCUGGGCUUCACCUUCUCCUUCCCCUGCCAGCAGACCAAACUGGAUGAGAGUAUUCUGGUAUCAUGGACCAAGGGCUUCAAGUCACACGGGGUGGAAGGGAGAGAUGUGGUCAGCCUUCUGAGGAAAGCCAUCAAAAAGAGAGGGUCAGUGGACUUUGACAUUGACAUUGUGGCGGUAAUCAAUGACACUGUGGGCACAAUGAUGACUUGUGGAUAUGACGACCAUCACUGUGAAAUAGGCCUCAUUGUCGGUACCGGCACUAACGCCUGCUACAUGGAGGAGAUGCGUCACCUAGAGCUGGUGGAGGGGGACGAGGGGAGGAUGUGUGUCAACAUGGAGUGGGGGGCGUUCGGGGACGACGGCGCUCUGGAUGACCUCCGUACAGACUUCGACCGGGAGAUCGACGCCGGCUCCCUCAACCCCGGCAAACAGCUGUUUGAGAAGAUGAUCAGUGGGAUGUACAUGGGGGAGCUGGUGCGUCUCAUCCUGGUGAAGAUGGCCAAGGAGGACCUGGUGUUCAAGGGUCACACCACUCCAGACCUCCUCACCACCGGACACUUCCAGACCAGCUUCGUCUCCGCCAUCGAAAACGACAAAGACCAGGAGGGUCUGGUGAGUGCAGAGAAGGUGCUGAGGGGGCUGGGCCUGGACCCAUCUGGGGAGGACUGCGUGGCCACUCAGAGGGUGUGUCAGGUGGUGUCGAUGCGGGCCGCCCACCUGUGUGCUGCCACGCUAGUCUCUGUGUUGAGACAGAUCAGAGACAACAAGGCUGCAGAGAGGCUGAGGACAACCAUAGGAGUGGACGGCUCUGUCUACAAGAACCACCCACAGUUUGCGCGGCGGCUCCACAAGAUGGUGCGGCGGCUGGUGCCAGACUGCGACGUACGUUUCCUGCGCUCAGAGGACGGCAGCGGGAAGGGCGCGGCCAUGGUGACGGCGGUGGCGUACCGGCUGGCUACCCAGCAUGCCGAGCGGCAGCGUAUACUGGACACCCUGCGUCUGAGCCGGGAGCAGCUGCUGGAGGUGAAGUGCAGGAUGGGAGAGGAGAUUAACAGAGGCCUGGCCAAGGAGAGUCAUGACCAGGCCACCGUCAAGAUGCUGCCCACCUACGUCCGCUCCACCCCCGACGGCACAGAGCAUGGUGACUUCUUGGCCCUGGACCUGGGUGGGACCAACUUCCGAGUUCUGCUGGUGCGCGUGCGGGGAGGGAAGAGACGCAGCGUGGAGAUGCACAACAAGAUCUACGCCAUCCCCCAGGAGGCUAUGCAGGGCACUGGAGAGGAGCUGUUUGACCACAUAGUGCACUGCAUCGCUGACUUCCUGGAGUACAUGGGUAUGAAAGGAGCUUCCUUGCCCCUCGGCUUCACCUUCUCCUUCCCCUGCCAUCAGAACAAACUGGACCAGGGUAUCCUGAUAAAGUGGACCAAGGGUUUCAAAGCUACCGGCUGCGAGGGAGAGGAUGUUGUGUGUCUACUGAAGGAUGCUAUCCACCGCAGAGAGGAGUUUGACCUGGACGUGGUUGCCGUGGUGAAUGACACGGUGGGCACCAUGAUGACCUGUGGCUACGAAGACCCACUGUGUGAGGUGGGCCUCAUCGUAGGUACUGGCACCAAUGCCUGCUACAUGGAGGAAAUGCAGAAUGUGGAGCUGGUGGAGGGGGACGAGGGGAGGAUGUGUGUUAACAUGGAGUGGGGGGGCUUUGGGGACCACGGGGAGCUGGACGACUUCAGCACAGACUUCGACAGAGCCGUGGACGACUGCUCCACCAACCCUGGCAAACAGAGGUAUGAGAAGAUGAUCAGUGGGAUGUACCUUGGGGAGAUAGUGAGGAACGUACUGCUGGAGUUCACUGCUAAGGGACUUCUGUUCCGAGGCAAACUCUCUGAGAGGCUCAAGACCAGAGGCAUCUUUGAAACCAAGUUCCUCUCCCAGAUCGAGAGUGACCGUCUGGCCCUGAGGCAGGUGCGCUCCAUCCUGCAGCACCUGGGUCUGACCAGCUCUACGUGUGACGACAGUAUCCUGGUGAAGGAGGUGUGCAGCGUGGUGGCUCGCCGCGCAGCCCAGCUCUGUGGUGCCGGCCUGGCCGCUGUGGUCGAUAAGAUCCGGCAGAACCGCAACCUCCCCGAGCUCAAAAUCACAGUGGGUGUCGAUGGAACACUCUACAAACUACAUCCACACUUCUCCAGCAUCAUGCAUGAGACGGUCAGGGACCUGGCGCCGCAGUGCGAGGUCACGUUCCUCCAAUCAGAGGACGGAAGUGGAAAGGGGGCGGCUCUCAUCACGGCGGUGGCCUGUCGCAUCCGAGACGCCGGGCAGCGCUGAGCGAGGUGCUCUGGGGACAAGGUCUGCGUCCCAAAUGGCACCCUAUUUCCUAUAUAGUGCACUACCUUUGACCAGGGCCCUAUGCUCAAACGUAGUGUACUAUAUAGGGGGCCAUUUGGGUAACAACCAAGGGCAGGGUCACAACAGGGACAGCACAGGAUGACAAAGGGAUAUAUGAAAUGUGCUUGUAUGAAAUGACUCCUCCUCUCUACUAGUGCAUCAAACGUUUAGAGGAUGAAUCCCAAAAUAAAAUGGAGUUAGUUGUGCGAGACAUUUUAUAGGUACUAGGAUAAGUAGCGUAUGGUUUCUUUAAUGUGUGCAUGGUUUUCUCUAGUUACACAUGAUAGGUUCAGGGCCAGUAUGUCCUGCAGGUACCACUGUUUGUAUGGCCACAGCUGUGGCUCUAGGCACAUAUUCACACAUACUUGUGGAACUAAGGGGCCUAGCCCAAACCAUUAUUCCUCCUCCACCAGACUUUACAGUUGGCACUAUGCAUUCGGGCAG